AUGGAUCCUAUGUAUCGAACGUCUUUAGUAGGGCAUCCAAUUGAAUGCUUUGUGCCGGCGCAAUUCACGAAAGCCAUGGAGCAGUACACGGAGAACUACUGCUGGGUGCAGAACACCUACUGGAUACCAUUUCAGGAUCUGAUACCGCAUCGCCUGGAUGAUCGGGAGCGCCGACAAAUUGGCUAUUAUCAGUGGGUGCCAUUUGCAUUAGCUAUUGCUGCUAUCAUGUUUCAUAUGCCUGCAACCGUUUGGCGAAUGCUCAACACACAGUCAGGACUAAAUAUGUCACUUAUGAUACAGCUAGCAAGCCAGGACCAAAAUGUUGAUCCAUUAAUACGGGACCAUUCUGUGGAAGUACUCACUAGGCAUAUUGAUGAUGCACUCAAAUAUCAGCGAGAUUACGGAAGCCGAAAUAAAAGUGUGUAUCUAUUUGCUGUGCUGAAGUUGGGCAAAAUCUACGGAGCAUAUGUAUCAAUUAUCUAUCUGUUCGUGAAAAGUUUACACCUAUGCAAUGUAGUUUUACAGUUCAUUAUGUUGAACAAUUUUCUGGAAACAUCGGACUACCCGUUCUUCGGCGGCCACGUCCUUUAUGAUCUCCUCCUGGGUCGAGAGUGGCGUGAUUCCGGUCGAUUUCCACGUGUGACACUAUGUGAUUUCGAAAUCCGGGUACUGGGUAACGUACAUCGGCACACGGUCCAAUGCGUUCUUGUCGUCAAUAUGUUCACCGAAAAAAUAUUCGUUUUCCUCUGGCUCUGGCUUCUGCUCCUCUCAUUUGGUACCGCAGUAAACCUCAUUGUCUGGACACUGUCAUUGUCUUUAGCUGAAUGGCGGCAUGCUUUUGUGACCAAAUUUCUGGAGUGUGAAUCCAAUCAGACGCAUCGGUUUGUGCAUCACUUCUUGCGACCGGAUGGAGUGUUCAUUUUACAUAUGAUUGCUUCACACGGUGGCAACAUCAUUUGUGCCCGGCUGACCGAGUCUCUCUGGAUGCGAUUCUUGCAUCGCAGUGGCAAGUUGACCGUAUUUGAUGUGGAAAAAGCGAUGUGUUCGGAGGAGCGAAGUAAUAGCAGAAGUGGCAACAAGCACAUGGACGAGGACAGUUGGCAUGAGCCAACUUUACCGCCUCCUAUGCCGCUGCUUCCGGCUUCCACGCAGUUCGUCUGA